CGGGAAACUCCAGCGAGCACUCUGCGCUUGCGCAUGGGGGGGCCGGAAACUGAAACCGGAGCGACAACGCUUCCGUUUCUGGUUUUCCCUCAGUGUUUGGGUUUUUUCGCCGCCGGCCAAGAUGAACCGAUUCUUCGGAAAAGCAAAACCCAAGGCUCCGCCGCCCAGCUUGACUGACUGCAUUGGGACGGUGGAUAGCAGGGCAGAAUCCAUUGACAAAAAAAUUUCCCGGUUGGAUGCUGAGCUAGUGAAAUAUAAGGAUCAAAUCAAGAAGAUGAGAGAGGGCCCUGCCAAGAACAUGGUCAAACAGAAAGCCCUGAGGGUUUUAAAGCAAAAGCGGAUGUAUGAGCAGCAGCGAGACAACCUUGCCCAGCAGUCCUUUAACAUGGAGCAGGCUAAUUACACCAUUCAGUCAUUGAAGGACACCAAGACCACGGUUGAUGCCAUGAAAUUGGGAGUAAAGGAAAUGAAGAAGGCAUACAAGCAUGUGAAAAUUGACCAGAUUGAGGAUUUACAAGACCAACUGGAAGACAUGAUGGAAGAUGCAAACGAAAUCCAGGAAGCGCUGGGCCGCAGCUACGGCACCCCGGAGUUAGAUGAGGACGACCUGGAAGCAGAGCUGGAUGCACUGGGAGAUGAGCUUCUGGCUGAUGAAGAUAGUUCCUACUUAGACGAAGCAGCAUCUGCACCUGCAAUUCCAGAAGGUGUUCCCACUGACACAAAAAACAAGGAUGGAGUACUGGUGGAUGAAUUUGGACUCCCACAGAUUCCAGCUUCCUAGACUUGCAGCAUUCCAGCACACGACGUAAAAAAAUAUGUAUUCUGGGACUAGGAAAUACUUCCCAAUUUGCCAAACAGAUUUAGGUUUCUAUCCUUUCUUUGAAGGAAAAGCUAAUUACACUGCUCCUGUACUUUAAUUUUUUCCGUUAAGAAAUUUAUUGCUUGGGGGAAAGCUUUCUUUCAUUAAAAUUAAUUUUUUUUUCCUCCUAGGAAAGACUAACAGAGAAGUCCCUUUGACUUUGUAUGAUGUGUUUUCACUCAUUAACAAUAAUUUGAAAUAAAACCAAGCAGAUGAGACUCUAAAUUUUAUGUAGAAGUACAGUCUCAGGUGUGACUUGAUACAUUGAUAAGAUAGAGAUUAUUAAUGAGAUUGGGACUGUUGAUAGUAUGCUUCAAAACCAUUGUCUAUUGUGGUGAUAUAGGUGGGCUUAAAUGGUGGCUUUUUUUGGUAGGUUUUGCUGUGUCAUGUGAGCAAAUCAUUACUCUGUCUAAUGUUGGAAUGAACUGUCACUACUGUAUCAUGAGUUGCUAUUUUGAUCCCUUGGUUCCCUCAGUAUUAUAGCCUGACUUGUAAUGAAUAAUGACUAUUUCUUGAUACUUAAUGUAUAGGACAUUUAUUUAUACUCAAUAAAUAUUUUUCAAAAGGA